AUGCUGACGAUCACAGUCACUGUGACCCAAUUGACUCCUGAUGAGUCCCUCUUGGCCCUGAUCUCGGAAGCAUCCGAAGCCAGUCGCCAAGCUGCUGAAGCGGCAGCGGCUCUGGAAGCUCUGGAAGCUCUGAAGGCGCUGGAGGCACUGGUGGCACUGGUGCAAUCAGAAGUAGCUGCUGCCGCUGCCUCUGCCUCUGCUGAGGCCGUUGCGUCGCAAUCGAGAGCCGCCGCUGCCUCACGCUCAGCGGAGUUAGCAGCCUCCCUUUCUGCUGCUGAAGCCGCUUCUAUCUCCGCCGCUGAGGCAGCUUCUCUUUCUUCUGAAUUGGCUGCCUCGUUGUCGAGAGCAGAAGCUUCUUCCGCAGCUGCAGCCCUGAUCGCCCUGUUGUCUUCCGUCUCUGCCGUCUCUGCUGCGUCUGCUGCUGCUGCUCGGUCGGCUUCUCUCGCUAAGUCGACCGCAAAGCCGAGCUUAUCUGGAUUCAAGGGUAUUGUCGCUGUUGCCCUGGCUAAUCUGACUCUGUCUUUGACCCUGUUCUCGACCACUGUCUCGUCGCUGACUAUCACACUGUCGCCCACCACAACUUCAUCUCUGUCGACUGCUCAAUUUUCUAGUGAGCAAUCGCUGUCGAAAAUUGGUGGCGUUGGUGUAUCAGGUGUUUCGGGUAUCGUUGCUGCUAUGGCUAUGGUUGCCGCGUUGUUCUGA